UGGAUUGAAUCGGGAUUGGGAAGCUGGAUCGGUGGAUUUCGUGAAGUGGGAGGACUUCCGAACACUCCCUGAGGCUGCUGGCUGCGACAGUGCGGCUGCACGUCGUUGGGCGGUGGCCUCGAAACAUCCGGAGAGAUGGAAGUCCCAGCUCCCACGACGCCGUGCCCAUAAGGCCAUAACCCUCUCCGCCUUUGCAAGCAGGUAGAGCCGGACGGGGGAGGAGAAGCGGCGGAGACAAGCUUUUACCUCUCCUCCUCCUGUGAAGCAUCCUGCGAAGCAGCCACCGGGAGUUUCCUCUCAGCAGCCCCAAGAUCUCAGUCAGCUGAUUGGUUGACAUCUCCAUUAUGAAAGACUACCUUGUUGUGUGUUUGUAAAAGAUGAGCUCAAAUUGUAGAGCCUCAAAAGCUCAAAAAUCAACAAUCAGUUAUCAUCGGCUUCCAUUAGAUGCGCACCAGUUAUUUGAGCCGGAUGCAUUUCUUAGAAAGGAUCGCAGUGCCAAUUGUCAAUCUCAAAGUACUCAAUCAGCUAGCAGACAUACUGAUAGAAGAUUAACUACUCAGUUAGUAUCAGCAUUGACAGGAAUCUGGAAUCUUGUUGGUCAGCCAGAAUCUUCUGUCACUGAUGAAAGAUCUGUGAGCGAUGGGAUUUUGCAUAAGGAAGACCCUCUUUGCUUUAGCAGGGACCGAAAAGGGCACGCGUUGACCGCUCGCUGUACUGAAAGCUCAACUGGUCUUACAUCUCAAACCUGUUUAUCAACACCAAAAUCAAUUCAUGAAGAUCUUAGUUUGGUGAAGAAGAUAUUAAUAGUCACAUCAUGUGGCAACAUGUUCAGUGCUUCUUUCACAUGGAGACAUGUCCCUCUCACUAAUAAACUCGGGAACAUGAAUUUUUUGCAAUGUGAAAAUAUAUACCCCACAAAAACUGAAAAGAUAAGAACUAAUAGUGAUGCUGCUUCCAGCAUUAUGGACAUUAAGGAAGAUGAGUGCUUCGGAAGGGAGGGUAACUAUUUCAGUCAAACAAGAAACAUGCCAACUGAACAUGUGGAUAUUUCUAGAGAACAUCCUGAUUCAUCAGCUUGCUCAUCUGAGCAAAUGGAAGUCAGCAAAGAUGCGAGGAUGAUGCUGGAAAAACACAUUUUUAGCACAUGCGAACAUAUUCAAGUUGAGGACUUGACAUGCACAUCUUCUCUGGCAGCUGAUGCUGUUAUUGUUAACCCACCAAAUGCAGAUCAAUAUACUAGCGAGGAAUAUAUGUCUCAGAAGCAUUCUGUAGAGAAGUGUUCACCAGAGUUUGGAUCAUUCUUUCGACGUCGAUGUCAUGAUGCUGUUAAUGUGAACAAGCAUGCUGUCGCGGGAGCAAUAGCUGGGACAGUUGUCAGUAUUUCUCUGCAUCCAGUAGAUACAGUGAAAACCAUUAUUCAGGCUAACAGUUCUGGACAAAGUUCAUUCUACCACAUACUAAGGCGCGCCCUUGUUGAGAGAGGUGUUUUAGGUCUUUAUGGAGGGCUUGCUAGCAAAGUUGCUUGUUCGGCACCAAUUUCAGCUAUUUAUACCUUAACUUAUGAAAUAGUAAAGGGAGCUCUUCUGCCUACUUUGCCAAAGGACUAUCAUUCAAUUGCUCAUUGUGCUGCUGGUGGUUGUUCUAGUAUUGCAACAUCCUUUGUUUUUACACCCAGUGAAUACAUAAAACAACAGAUGCAAAUGGGCUCACAGUAUCAGAAUUGCUGGAAGGCUUUAGUAGGAUGUCUUCAAAGGGGUGGCAUUGCUUCAUUAUAUGCUGGAUGGGGUGCUGUUCUUUGUAGAAAUAUACCACAUUCUGUAGUAAAGUUUUAUGCCUACGAGAGUCUGAAGCAGUUUCUGUUGAAUGCAUCACCUGCUGAUGCUAAACUUGAUUCUGGCCAGACGCUUCUUUGUGGAGGUUUUGCUGGGUCAACUGCUGCUCUGUUUACAACUCCGUUCGAUGUUGUCAAGACGCGUGUACAGUUACAGGCACUCAGCCCCGUUAGGAAGUAUGAAGGGGUUCUUCAUGCACUUAAACAAAUUUUUGAGCAAGAAGGAUUGCGGGGUCUCUACAGGGGUUUAACUCCAAGGUUGGUAAUGUAUGUAUCACAAGGGGCACUAUUUUUUACAUCCUAUGAGUUCCUGAAAACAAUUAUGUUUCCUGAGCAAGAGCUUCCUGCAAGGAGCUUUUGAUCAUGAAACGACUUUUUCAGCACCUGUGGAAUCUUCGUGUCGAUCUCAUGAACUAACAUCUGGGAUGGUCUGACUAGAGGAUUGUAAUUGCGGUUGUCGAACCAUCCAGUUUUUUAGGUGUUACAACCAACUAGUGUAUAUCAGUUUUGAUACAUAGGCAUUGAAACUUGGUCAUUACCAUUUUGAGUAGAAACGCAACAUCUAUGCUACAGAAAUUUUGUAUGACAUGUAAACACCCUUUGGGAGAAUAUGUGAAUACGAUCAUAUACUAGCUUUGUAUUCUUGCAGGAAAAAAUAGUUGCAUCUGAA